GUUGGAAAUCAAUCCGAGAAGAUGGACCUGCAUCGCUUAACGAAAGAUGGAAGACGCCUCUGGUAUUUCUUUCGGAUCAUUCAACAACCGAGCAUUGGGAGAGCUGCUGGAUCGGGACCUUCAGCCGUGGCUGACCGUCGUCCAAUUGACCCGCCUCCAGUCUUGCAGCUGAGAAUUUUUGAAGGGGAUAACAUGGACUAUGUACAAGAUAUUACGCCUAUGUAUCUUGCGCAAUUCUUCGCCUAUGCCUCAAUAGAAGGAGUUCAGCAAGGUGGUAGACUGCUGAUAGCGAAGAAAACUGCAGCUAUCCUUGGAACAACAGUUGCUGGUAGCUCUUUCCUAAAUCAACCAGAACCAGCUUACUACUUCGUAUUUGACGAUCUUUCGGUUCAGUUCGAGGGCCAAUAUUUUCUGAAAUUCGACUUAUACGAGCAGCAAAUGUUAGACAUGGACAGAGAUGCUCUUUUGGGAGAAAGCGACCAUGUAGACAUCGAGAGCAAUAAUUAUUUCUCCCACAGACAAUCCAUAUCGUCAGCAGCUUUCUCAGUUGUACCGCCAAAGCGUUUUAAAGGCUUCACAUACAGCACUGGCCUUAGUUGGGUCUUGGCUGAGCAAGGCAUACGCAUCCGUAUUCGCAGCGACCUUCGUGCAAUGAGAAAAGCUGGUUGUCUCAAGCAGGAUCCACUCGCAUCAGUGGCCGCCACCGCUUGGUCGAGAACCGAUCAGUCGUUCAUCACCUCACGACCAUCUCUUCCGUCACUAACCGAGGCACUUCAAUUUGUUGAUGACGGCUGA